AUUUUGCACGCUCUUCACUUGGGAAAUACACUUUCCCCUUCUUACAACUCCUGUUCCGUUCAGGCUUCGGGUUUCAACGGUUUGACGGUUAACAUACAUAACGCCUAAGGCGAUGAGAACUUGAAGACGCCCGAGAGUCACCAGACCUCGGCAAACAACUGCUGGCGGGCUUGUCCAUUCAAAUCAACGUUACCAACCGACAUUUGGGUAGCGUAGGCGGUACGGCGGAGCGCCUAUAAAAGUCCCAUGGCCGGACAAUUUUGAGACUGCAUCUCGUGGCAAGUGCUGAGCCUCAAGAGCUCCGAGCAUUUAUACCGUGAUGACAUCUACCUGAAUCGCUGGUGACCAACGCAUACGUUAUCUCCCCCACACAUGAUGGCGUUAAGCUUCAAGGCCACGGUUGUCGCCGGCCUUGUUCAUAGUGUAUUGGCAGCUACGAUCACUAACACCACCACCACCACUGCGCCUGGAACCGCGGUGCCGACGCUGACUAUCUCGACGGCGGUGGCUAGCCCUAGUGCAUCACUGGGUGCGACUCUGCCUUCGCAGGCACCGCUACCCCCUACCCAAGGAUGGUGCAUUGGUCAAAUAUUUUGCGCUGGUUCAUUGCUACAGACGGUCAAUAUUGCUCAGCUAUACACUGACCCGAAGACAUUCGUAGACAAGCCAACCAGCAAGUCUUCUCAGCAAGUCCUUGCAGACUUCAACGCCUUUAACUUGUCGACCGUCACUGAAGGCAACCUGGUGAACUUCGUUGACAAUGAUUUCCUUGGAGAGGGACUUGAACUAGAGGUUGCCACUCUCCCGAACUUCAAUCCUACCCCAGCGUUCCUCAAAAACGUGACGGACCCCUUGUUGAAUGCUUUUGCACAAACUGUUCAUGACUACUGGACCCAGCUUGCCAGGAAUACCAACCAGUCUGCACUUUGUGACGAAUACCCCGGCGGCACGUGCGAGAGCUCGUUGAUUCCCCUGAACCAUACAUUCGUGAUUCCCGGUGGUCGCUUUAGAGAACAAUAUUAUUGGGACAGCUAUUGGAUUAUUCAAGGUCUGCUUCAGUCGGAGUUGUAUGAAACUGUAAAUGCGACUUUGCAAAAUUUCAUGGAUGAGAUCGAGAACUUUGGUUUCAUUCCGAACGGCGGUCGUAUCUAUUACUUGAACCGCUCACAACCGCCCCUCUUUAUCCAUAUGGUCUAUGACUAUGUUAACGUGACUGGAGAUACCUCAAUUCUACAACGUGCUCUUCCUUUGGCUGAGGAUGAACUUGCUUGGUGGGCAAAUAAUCGGACUAUUGAGGUUGCGAGCCCGUAUACCAACCAGACUUACAUGAUGGCACACUAUGCAGUCAACAAUACUGCCCCUCGGCCGGAAUCGUAUCUCACUGAUUAUCUAACUAUCAACGACCCCACACUUUCUACGCCUCUCACGGAUAAUCAGGCUGCCGAGCUUUACAGCGAACUCGCAUCUGGCGCUGAAACCGGAUGGGAUUAUAGUUCACGCUUUGAGGCUAUCCCUCAGCUUGGCAAUCCUGGUUUGCGCUCGCUCAGUGUGAAGAACCACAUCCCAGUAUGUCUCAACAGUAUUCUAUACAAGGCCAGACUGCUUCUUGCCAACCUUUACGGCACAUCGAACGAGACUGCUUCCAACAACCACCUCCAGGUGGCUGCUAGCAUCCGCGCGGGUAUCCUCGACCUCCUCUGGGACCCAACCAAGCUCGCAUUUUACGACUUUAACCUGACUUCGAAUGCACGCAAUGAUAUAUUUACGGCCGCGACUUUCUAUCCUGUGUGGAAUGGCAUCAUCCCAGACGAGGUCCUUGCCUCCCAAUCGAAUGCAUUUGGUUACUUCGCUGCAAUCAAUAUGGUUGUGAACAAGUACAAUGGCACGGUUCCAGUUACUUUUAUUGAUUGGACGGGCUUGCAAUGGGACGCCCCGAACUCCUGGCCCCCGCAUCAGUACAUUAUCAUGCAAGCACUCCGGGCUAUCCCAUCCAACCUUACUACCAAUGGGCUGCCCACACCCAGUUCAACUCAGUCCACAUAUGAUCUCGUUCCGGCAGGCCAGCUUAACUUUACAGAGGCUCAACUCCCUGGCCAACCUUUCCGCGGAGCACAAGCUAAUCAGAAUGCGACUGCAACCGGGCCUGGCGCGGACAUCAACAAGCUAGACGGUACUGUGGUCAACGGCGGGAAUGCCACUGCCGGCGAAGGGUGGAGGGACACCCUUCAACGUGAGAUGGCUAACAGGUAUUACACUAGCGUGCUCUGCAGUUGGCAUGCCACUGGCGGUUCCAUUGCAGGAUUGUUACCUCAGCUCCCAGCUAGUGAAUUGAACCUGACCAACAGUAUUGGUAACAGCGGUAACAUGUUCGAGAAGUUCUCCAACCUCAACGUCGACUCUUCCGGUUCUGGCGGUGAAUACACCGUUCAGGCUGGAUUCGGAUGGACGAAUGGUGUGCUCCUUUGGGUUGCCUCUACAUACGGCGAGCAGCUUGUUGCUCCACAGUGCCCACCACUCGUCGUCACAACUACUACCAGUACGAGCGCGGCUAUUGGCCUGCAGGCAUCGUCCGGGGCCGUUAUCACUGCCAUAGUGAUGUCUGUUAUAGCAUCUCCUUUCUUGUUGUAAACGUUCAGACGCCGGACGCUAGCUCUGGGGUUCAAAUACCUCUUUUACAUAGGAUAUGACGUCAACUUGUUAUACCAGUACUUCGUUCUCUGUUCGUUAGCACUGUUCUUCUUUUGUUUUUUUGCGUAUAGAAAGUCCUUGUACUCUUACUAUUCGCUGCGUGUGCACUGCUGUGUCGCCAAUCGGGAUUGCACGAGGGAGUCGGGAUUAAAUUCCUGGGCCGGUUCAACGUUCAGACCUUACACCAAAUCAAGUGUUAUUUGUCUCCACUCGUGAUCCG